CCCCUCGCUACCCUACCUUGGCUCCUUUAUAACGACGUUCACUUGACUUAAGAAUAAUUCGAUUCCUUUUCACGGGCGCUGCUGAUUCAAAAAGGGGAGAGGUAAGAAAAAACAAAAACAAAAAAGGAUGUCUGCAAACGGUACGGACAGCAAGGGAGUGAUCCCGCUCAUCAUUAACAACGAAUCGGUCGUGACGGAAACCAUCUUCGAUGUGCAUAACCCUGCGACGGGUGAAGUCAUUGACCGCUGUGCCAGUGCGUCCAUUGACGAUGUCAACAGUGCGGUGGCGGCGGCGAAGGCAGCCUUCCCCGCAUGGAGCAAGACAAAGCCGUAUGACCGUAGGGAUAUCCUGAUGAGGGCGGCAGACAUUAUGCUUUCCAGAAGGGAGGAGUUGAUCAGGUAUCAAAUGGAGGAGACAGGCGCGGGCAGAAUGUUCGUGGAGAAGACGUUCGAGCUCGGUGCUGGAUUCAUCAAGGACUUCGCCGCACGAAUUCCGUCCAUCGAGGGCUCAGUCCCAUCUGUAUCCGAAGAGGGUGAAUGUGCGAUGGUCUUCAAAGAGCCUUAUGGUGUGGUCUUGGGAAUUGCGCCAUGGAAUGCUCCCUAUAUACUUGGGACCCGCUCUAUCGCUCUUCCACUUGCUGCAGGCAAUACAGCAGUUUUAAAAGGCUCUGAACUGUCCCCCAAGUGUUUCUGGGCUAUUGGCGAUAUCUUCCGGGAAGCUGGUCUUCCUGCAGGAUGUCUCAAUGUGGUCUACCACCGACCCUCGGACGCAGCGCCUGUUACCACUGCUCUUAUUGCCCAUCCAGCCGUUCGCAAAAUCAGCUUCACCGGCAGCACCCAAGUUGGAUCUAUCAUCGCGUCAACCGCUGGCAAAUAUGUGAAGCCCGUCGUCCUCGAGCUGGGCGGUAAGGCAUCAGCUAUUGUAUUAGACGAUGCCAACCUAGAGAGGGCCGCCAUGUGCUGUAGCCUUGGAGCAUUCAUGCAUUCCGGUCAAAUCUGCAUGUCCACCGAGCGCAUCAUCGUGCAGAGGUCCAUCGCAGACCGAUUCCGCACCAUGCUGGCGGAUGCAUCCGAGAAAGUGUUCGGGAAACAUACACCGGCACCAGUUCUUGUAGCAUCCGCCGCAGUCAAGAAAAACAAGCACUUAGUGUCCGAUGCGCUUUCGAAGGGUGCCGACCUUGUUUUUGGAGAACGCGAUCUCUCUGAGGAGCCCGGCAAUAGCCUGCGGCCUGUGAUCGUGGGCAAUGUCACCAAGGAUAUGGACCUCUAUUCUGCAGAAUCAUUUGGCCCUACCGUUUCCCUCAUGGUCGUCGACACUGAAGAGGACGCCGUGGCGCUGGCGAAUGACACCGAAUACGGCCUCACAUCUGCAGUUUUCACAGACAAUCUCUUCCGGGGACUACGGGUAGCUAAGCAGAUUGAGUCUGGGGCUGUCCACAUCAACUCCCUCACCGUGCACGACGAACCGGUCUUGCCACACGGUGGAUGGAAAAGCAGCGGGUAUGGCCGGUUCGGAGGACCCGCCGCGUACGAUGAGUGGUUGCAAACCAAGACAGUUACCUGGGUGCAGUAGAUAGCUCUGAGACAUUCCCUGGUUCCCCGAAAGGUACCAUUUAUCCGCGUCCAGGGUACAAAAUUAGAUGUCCAUUCGGAACCGUCCCUCCACUAUAAGAUAUCCCAUCCCAUCCAAGAAACCAAUUUCAAUAGUUCCGGGCCUGUCUCAUGGGUAGCACCGCAUCUAGACCUUAUCAUAACGAGAAAC